AUGUCUUGUUUUCCAGGAGGUGACUUCUAUGACUUGAGUAUCAUGUACAGCCCCGAUGGGGAGCAGUGGAGCGAGUUUCUGUCGGACGUGUUUCGGCAGGGUGACGAAGAAAUCAGGAUGUACUUCGAGUCAAUCGAACAGCUCCCUCUUCACCACAGUCAAGAGACAGCUAUCAGGAACAGCCGCUGCCAAUUUCUGCUGGUCUCUCCAGACUUUACGGACCUUUUCUCCUAUACGUCAUUCAGGGACUUAGUCCCACACCCAGAACAAGUGGUGGUCCUUCUCUGUGGGGUGGAACACAGCCAUCUACAGGAUAUAGUCGCGAACAUGCCCGGCUAUCAGAAGUGGACAAUCUUGUCUACAACUGACGGUGUGCCGGCUAUACUACAAAGUACCUUCCAAGUGAUCAACUCCUUUGAACCAGAACCGGAUCCAGAAAGUCCAUACAUGCCAAUGGCAGGGAAAUCACAAGGAGAUGACACCUACUUAAGCAUGGAUCAGUCCAAUACUAGAACACAAGACGAUGACACCUACUUGAGCAUGGAUCAGUCUAACAGUGCACAAGAGGAUCUUUACUUGACCAUGACUGGAUCUACAGGAGCAGAUGAUGCAGAAGAAAGUUUAUACCUAAACAUGGCAGAGUCAGAAGACAGAUAUGGACAAGACGUUUAUGAAGACAUGGAAGCAAAGCCUCAGGCAGUUGGGAAAUUUCAAGACACCUACAUGGUACUUCCUACACUGGAGGACUCUGGUACAGAUGACAGUAGUGGCCCUCCCCACCGACCACCCAAACCUACGCAGCAAAAAUCUCGGCCAGAUCGGGCCAUCAUGAGCAAGGAACUUCAACUUGUGCAACCGUACACAGUCACAUCUGGGUCUGGUGAGAGAGUGGUGCUCAUCUUUAAGAACACGCUUCCUGAAGGUGGCAGCUACACAGUAGAAUUCCAAGGCACCAAACAGACAUCAGUUGUGACAGCUACCAAGGAGAACCCAUACACACUGGUCCUCAGUGCACCAGACCACCCUCCAGAGACAACACAAGCAACUGUGAAGUGUGACGGCAAGUCACUUGGAAACGCCACCAUGGUGUUUCUCAGUAAGAUGCGUCGCUUGGAAGAGUUACUCUCCGACGUCAGCAAGCCGAUUGAGUUUAUGUGUCAGUCCCUGGGCACAGAGCCUUCAGACCUGAAGACACUGGACAAGAUACUGAGGAAAACCUUCAAGAAACACAUGCCACCCAACGGUCUUGGGGUGUUUGGCAUCGACCAAGAGAGUGAGGAAGAAUAUGCAUAUCACCCAGAAGAGUUGCCCACCCUCAUGCACUUUGUUGCAAAGUAUGGUCUGAAGGACAUGUGUGCCUCCCUGCUGCACUGUCCUGGGGCACUCAACGCCUGCAGUAUCGCCAACUGUGACAACGACUUUCCACACAACAUGGCCGAGAAAUACGGGCACAUGGACCUCAAGAAAUACAUCGAGGACAGAAUUGAACUUGGUGCCAUUCUGGAGGAGGAGAUGGGGGAUGGGUACGUGGACAUGGACAAGGACUUGUACAUGAAGAUGACGAAGGUGGAUCCCGGGUAUGUCUACAUGGCGAUGGGGAGGUACUACAACACACACGCCGCUCUCAGAGAAGGGGGAUAUUACAACUUUUUCCGGGGUGACAGCACUGUGGAGGAGCAGCCUGACUAUGAUCACCCCUUCCCUGUUGCUAUACCUGACCUGGAUGUUUAUGGGGAGACCCUAAGCACUAACUACAUCAAGGACAUCCUUCAAGGUCAUGAACAAGAGCCUGAUCCUGAAAUCUAUGAUGAUCCAGACAAGCAUGAACCAGCCCCGGUGGACCCACCACGUAGACCUUUCAGCGACAUGCGAGGACCAAGUAUCACAAGAAAGCCGAUGAGACAUUCCUACAGACCCCCACCGGUAGAAAUGCCUCCAGAAGAAAAACGCAGAUCACAAACUCUGCCCAUUGGGGCCAGUCUCCAACUUCCUGACACAGGAGCAUCACCCUCAUCUGGACAAGAUGACUUGGCCAUGUACACUCCAGGACAGCAGGAGCUUAUCAAGCUGCAGAAGGAAGUAAAGGCCGGUGUUUUCACCGUGGAGGAGGCGGCCACCAUGUUUAAAGCAUGGCAGAUGAAAGAGAGAGACAGAGCUAUGUCGUUCGACCAGCAGAAGAAAGAGAUGGACAACCUGCGUGCGAGCGUGCAGCGAAGGGCAAAGAAAGGGCAGCCAGAGGUUGGCCCACCCAUCCCGAAACAUGGGAAAGACGAGGGGAUAUAUGGCAGAGUCCUGACCAGGAUCAGAAGAACCAACAGCAAUGAGGGAGGGCAACAACAGGAACCAGAGGCAGUGAGCAGGCAGCCAAGGAAGACUCCAGGUAGACUUCCUUCAUAUAGACAACCAGGUGGAGGGAAUAGGGAGAGCACACUGAGCAACAGCAGCUCCUCCUCUGGUGGCUCGAGGCAUAGUGUGAUGAGCACUGCUAGUCUGGACAGUGGCAUGGAUGUGCCGCAGCCAGAAGAUAUCCCAGAAGAGGAACCCCCACCCGUUCCUAUGCACAUUCCUAGGAGAAGUCGUCCCCUGUCGGAUAAGUUUGAUGAUGACUUCAUUGCCAGGCCGGUCCCCCUACCCCCAGUCAGCAAGCGGCCUCUGCCCAGAGAACCUCCACCCUCUCCUACCAAACCUUGCCUGAAAUCAAGAAGCACUGAGCCAGACAUGAGUCCAAGGCUCAAACCUGCCAGCAUUCCCCGACCAUCGUUACCAACAUCAUCUCCAUUCAGCGAAGUCACCUCGGAGUUGGCGAAAAAAUUCGGGAAGCUCUCAUCAUCUUCAGUUGACGAUGAAACGAGCAGUGACAGACGCUCUCCGAGAGACUCUCCCAAACAACCGUCGUCCCCGAAACCUCCCAGGCCCCCACAACGUGGUUCCAACCCACAGCCACCGCCGCGGCCACCAAGGAAGCCGAUGAAUUAGGCAA